GAACGACAGAGAGUGUGAAACUACAGCAGUAACUGAGGUGGAACAGUGGAACUGAGAGUGUAUGUGAGUGAGGGUAAAAAGAAUGAGUGGAAAACAGAGCCAAAGAAAGAGAAACAGGGCGCUGUUUUCUUUGUUUUCUCUCUAGUGCACACAUUCAUUCAUGCAUCAGCCCUGCUCCCCUCUUCCCAGGUGGAGGGACAAUGACGCUGGCUCUCUGACUAUCUCUUCUCAUUAUCAUUCCCCCUCCCCCUCCAUCCGUCUCCCACUACAGCUGGAUAAGCCAACCACUAACCGGCUCGAAUCUCCGUUACAGAGCAGGGAUUUGAAGAUUGCACCCUCACAUUUGUAAUCAGAUGUAGGAGAGGAUUAUCUCAAGGUCUCCUCCAUCUUGUGCACAGCCGGGGGCUGCUGAGACAAAGGAGAAAGAAAAGAGGAGGCUGUGGAGGAGAGCAAAGAGAGAUCUCAGGCAGCUCAGUGAAUGAUGUGGAGUUAAAGACAGAGAGGGAGGGAGAGGUCACCUGUGGAUGUGAAGAGGAGGGGGAGGAGGAUGAAGGCUUCCUAAGGAGCUGCACCCAUCACCCGAUUCAUCCGAAAGGGAAAGAGGGGAGUAUAGAACCUCAGCAGCAAGUAGAUCACUGUGAAAGGUCUUCCAUGGCAGAGGCCAGGCAACCUGUGUCGGAGCUGUACCAUCAAGGGGGAACUGUUUCCUUGGGAUCAACCCUCUCUGGUCAGUCUGUCUUUGAUGCCUCCACACUGGCAAUAAAACCCUCCAGACUGGCUGAAGGACCAGGUUACACCUGUCCGGAGGAGGUCAGGGAGGUUGUCAGUGAGAUCUGUACAGCAGCUCCUUCUACCAGAGAAACUAAUUGCAGCAGUCUGAGAGUCAGUGGAGAGCCUGGCGAACACGGACAAAGUGCAUCUAAACACUGUGUGCCCCCCAGGGUUUCAAGCCGCCCCCAUAGUCUAGCUGAGACAUAUACAGUCUCACAUCAUCACACGACAGUUAUGAAUGCAACCGAUGACGCCCCUCAGGCUGGCAGGACACUACAGAGUAUAAAGCCAGCCUCUCUGCCUGUUCACAGGAGUCACUCAGACACUUUACCUCUGCUUAAACAAGCAGGCCCCCCCCAGGCUCCAGACAGUGAGACCGGUGGACUUGAUUACCAUGGAAGAGAUAAGAGUAUCCAAGAGGCUGAGAAUCACUCCAUGUUAGCCUGCAAGCAACCCAUGCAGCUGCAGCAGUGUAACAUUGUCACCACUGUUUGCCGAGGGGUCAGCGGUGGAGAGAGUGGUGUGCAGCCGCCUCAAAGCAGGUGUGUCUGUAUGUCGUCCCCCAAGGCGGCAGUCAGAGUGGAGGGUGUUGAAGAAAAAGACCGUCUUCUUCCUAAAUGUGACAAGGCACUCUGUUAUGGCUCUUACAUUCAUCAUGCCAGUGUUGAAGACACAUUUGCUGCCUACUGCCAUCCCCAGCCCAUCCCAGCCCCCUCCCAGCUGCUGCCACGCCUGGCAGGCAUAGAGCCAAGCGACAUGCAGCGUGCGAUGGUGCCUCCUUCAGUAACGGACCACCUGACCUUGCCUCGCCUCAUCUCUUCUGUUAGUGAGACUGGCCUGGAUGCCAAACAUCUGCUGCGGUGCUGCAACCUCAACUACUCUUGGAUCAGCUCUCUGCCUCCUGGUGCUGGGCCACAAACCCAAAAACACUUCAGUGGAGAGGAGUGCUGCAGCAGUCCCAUUGGCCAUGUUAGAACCAUGACCCGGGACAUUGGGACUAUGACAGCCCACAGAGAGCUGAGGGAUGUUGGGGUACAGACAGGACAGACUGCCACACCUCAUGUGUUCCCCCAGAUCUGUGUGGCAGAGGAGAACAGAGGUGAGGCCUCCUGCAGCCAGACUCCAUCACUGACGAACACUGACAGUGAUGGAGGCAAGAAAUCAGGUGGUGCUCUUAAGUCCCCAGUGAAGGAGGUGAAGUGGGAUGCGGAAGGAAUGACAUGGGAGGUGUAUGGGGCGUCUGUGGAUCCUGAGGAGCUGGGUCUGGCCAUCCAGAGACACCUGGAGCUGCAGAUCAAGGAGACAGCGAGCCGUGCAGCCAAGCUGUCACGCCAGAAUACCAACACCUCCCGGCAGAGCGGGAACACCUCCUGUCAGAGAAAAAGGAGCAGAAUGAUAGGCUCCAUCCGAACCUGCUGCACUCGCACCACUACAGCUGUGGACUGACUAACUAGCUGACAGAUGGACAGGACAGUACCUGAAUACUGUGUUCAGUAGCCAGUAUGGCUACUCAUAGCCUCAGCCUCAAAUGUCACCCAUCUGAUCAGGUCUAUGGAAGAUAGAAUAAUCUGCAUACAGAAUGACCUGCAAUAGAAAAGCUUCAUGUGAAAUGAUGUCUUAUAAUUAAAGAUUAGAUUUAUUAUCAUGUACACUGAAAUCAAAAGAAAAAAUGCUGAAAAGGAAAUGAAUGAUAAACUAACCAGUGAUUUAUAUUCCAUCAUUUAUUGUUUAAAGUUCAAUAUUUCAACCAUUGAAAAUGGGAUUCUUGCAGCUGUUCACUGCCAGUGUUUUCAAAGGGCUGCUCCAUGUAGGUGGAUCUUCAUAAUAAAAUACUUACAGGGCACUGACACCGAAAAACAACAUCAGUGUACAGUGUAAAGCAAUCUGAUACAGUCCUGCACUAAAUAUGACUCUUGUAAAGCUUCUAAUGAAUGUGUGGGAUGGUGAAUAAAAUGUGAUGCUGUGAAAAAAUGUAAAUACAGUGUUGCCUCAACUCAACCCUAGCCCAGCAUAUAACCAACCUUAACCUACCCUUUAAACAGUAGCUAGGCCUAACCCCAAAUCUCAGUUUAACCUCCCACUGCAUUCUUGCUUCUCCUUCUCCUACCUCUCCCCCAGGAAGUAAUACUGGAAGACAAAAAAAAGUAGUGGACAGAUGAACUCACCUGUAUCUGACAAUGGAAACAGAUUGAUCAUGUCCUUUGGAAGGGAGUUCCAUACCUUGUGGACUGCAAAGUAAAUGUAUGUAUUGUGUGUUUUCAGACUAUGAAAACAAGAUGGCAGUCUGUUAUUGAGUGAGUGAUGGUCAUAUCUCAAUACUAACGUGUUUCUGUAUUUCCCAAGCAUGGUUUAAACUCUUGAAGCUACAGAUUCCGUACAUCUUCCUUUCCUGUAUAUUUAUCAUAGGUCUCAUUCAUGUUUUUGUUUUUUUCUUUUGCUUUUUUUUAGGUUUAGGAUGUGAUUGAAAUAAUAUAUUUUCUUCUUUUUUUGUAUGAGCAUAGAAAAAGGGCGUGAUCAAUCUUUUUUUUUACCAAAUAUACAGAGAGAUUAACAACACUGGAAAAUCUUCAGCCAUUUUAGACUGGAUUUUUGUGGGAGUAGAGCGUACACACAGCGACAAGCUAAGUUUCAUCCAGUCCAGUAGAUAAUGAAGUAUCACAUGUUCCAUUCUUCUUUACUUCUAAUAUUGGCUGUGUUGGUAUUUGAAUUAUAUGUAAUUUUCUUCAAGUUAAGUUACUUUAUGUGUUAAAAUGUGCUCAAGCUAUUUUUCAAAAAAAACAAGAAAAA